GCCGUCGCGCGAUGGACCUCCCCGAGGGCAUGGGUGCCUGAUAUCGUGCCGCACCGUCGCGUCCUGGGCCGGCCGGGCCCGAUCUCCAGCCCCCAUCUCUGCGCCCCCCUCUUCCCCCUCGUGCCUCUUCCGCCUGCCGGCCGAGCAUCGCCCUUCCGCCUCUCCUCCUCUCCUUCCGCCACCAUGUCGAAGGCCAAGGCUCGCACCAUCAUCGUGAAGCUCCUCUCCACUGCCGGCACUGGCUUUUUCUACACCGCUCGGCGCCCUCGUAUCGCUGACUACAAGCUGAACUUCGUCAAGUAUGACCCUGUCAUCCGCCAGCGGGUACUCUUCAAGGAGACCAAGAUCAACAAGUAGUUGAUCACAUCUGCUUGGUUCGUCUGUCGAUUCUUUCCGCCAGAGGGACCUCGGGCCCAGCAGCCUCCCCUGUCCUCCUCUCCCCUCCCCCUGAGACCGAAAGUCCGAGGGGGCGACCCAUGCCUGCCCCCUCGCCGGGGGCCAAUCCCAAUGUAUAUAGAAUGAAAAACAGCCAUCA